AUGAAUCCAGGCUGGAAGAUUGGCGUCGUGUUUGGUGCAACACCAACGCAAGUGGAGACCGAGAGUAUUCAGGCAGCGCUUCCCCUUGAUCCGGCAGUGGUAAUAAGCAAGUGGUCUCAAUCGGCGAAGAUUUUACUGCCUGCUGAGCUGGAAGGUCUGCCCGCUGUUACCAAGGAUAUUGGGAGAGGUCUUGUAGAUAAGGGCUUUGGUUUCCAUAUGGUUGUGAACACGCUACUCAAAGCCGCAGUAGCCAUUCAUCGCUUAAGCAAGCAAAGGCCAGGUAAUUAUAUCACCGGACGCAUAUCUGCGUUAUGA